CUGCUACACAUUUGCGGAAAUAGCUUGGCGCAGUCAAACGUACCGAGAACUGUGCCACUUUGAUAUAGCCGGUGGUUUUCGCGAGUUUCUUUACACUGUGGACAAGAGAACAACACAUAAGCUGGAAAUACGUGAUUCUUGACUUCGCAUGAUGAUAAGAAGAAGAGGGGGACCUCUAUGACCAUGUGUUUUCCUAAUGGUCAAAUAUCCUCUUGCUCCAUGGUAGUGACUAUGGAUAUGGACUGUUUCAUCAGGAAAAACAUAUUGACCAAACGAGAAAGAUGAACCCCGUCAUGUACACUGGUCAGUUGUAAACCAUAGGCCUUGUUACUGCUUGCUGCAGUGUUUUUGGACAAAUAUUGAACCACACGUUGUUACUGUGUUCAAAGAGCUAAAAGUUCUACAAGAAUCUAGCACAGAUACCUUGAUAUGGGAGAUCCUUUUUUGGACUAUUGCUCCUCCCAGGAGCUGGCAGGAGAUGCAGAUGCUUUCAUUUGUGCAGAAUGUGGGGAGGGUUUUGUACAGUACACCAAACUUGUAAGACAUACAAGGAUCAUUCAUGGAUCUUCGGAAGCAUACCCAGCAGAAGUAUACCCAGCAGAAGCCAGCAAUGGCUUGGAAGCACCUGUUGUGUUUGCUCUUCAGAAAAAUGGAACUCUUACAGUGGUGGAGAAGCUGGAGAUAUCAGACUCUGGUGUCACAAAAUCCAAUCAGUUUGACCCCCAGUCAAAGUCCACUUCAAUGGAAGAGUCGGCAGAAAAUCGUGCCAAACCCUGCUCGUGUGAAAGAUGUGGCGAAACAUUUGCCAAUCAGUUGAGUUUACAACAACAUCAACACUAUCAUUCCUUGGGACAAGAAUUUAAAUGUACUCUGUGCUGUAAGCUUCAUACUGACAGAGAUAGUCUUCGGGAACAUCUGCAAAUUCAUGCUCAUGAGAGAUUUUACAGUUGUGGACACUGUGGGAAAAGAUUCCUGAAACAGGAGACACUCUCAGUCCAUCAGAAAGAAAAGCAUGGCUCACAGGCCAGGAAUUAUAACCGAGAAGCAAAAAGCCAAGAAAUUGGAAAAUUCUAUCAAUGCAAGUUGUGUGACAUGCACUUUUUCUGGCUAUCUGACUUACAGAGCCAUCUUAUCAGUCACUCUAUGAAAAAAACAGAGAACACUGAAUUGGCCACGAAAGAAAACGUACCACAACGGCCUAAGUAUGGCGAUAGAACAUUGUAUCGUUGUGACACGUGUGGAAAAGGUUUCAGAGUACUCGCAGACCUUAAACAACAUCGUAUGUCUCACCUGGCGGAGGAGGAGCAGGAGCAGGAGCAGGAUGAGGAGGCGGAGGCGGAGGAGGAGGACACGGAGGAGGAAUCUGAAGAGGAGGUCACACGUCCGAAAACUUUGCCAAAGAGGCAAAAGCAAAAGGCAACGGCAAAAGCAAAAGCAAAAGCAAUUCCAAACAUUAGAGGCAAAAGGCCAUUUACGCCUAGGCAGUACAAUAGCAGGUUGGAUCACCCAAGGAGAAGGAUGCGUGGUAGAACUCAUGGAUCACAUCAGGGUAACACGAGAUUGUAUCCCUGCAAACAUUGCCAUCGUGUUUUUGUGCAUUCGAGUAGUCUGUCUCGUCACAACCGGUACCACAAGGGAACUUUGCACACUUGUAUGUUCUGUGGGAGGCACUUUCCCCAAAGAUGUGAUGUCACCAGGCAUAUAGCCUUGUACCAUCAGUCAGAGCUGGGUGAUGCCACUGACGAAAAUGACGAGGAUGAAAAAUCAAUUGACGACCGUGCCUUGUUGAAACAAGCCAGACAAUAUGCCGAAAAUAUUAAAAAAGGCAGCUCCGACAAAGGACCAUCAAAAGGGAGUGACAAAUCAAGUGUUCCGAAGGCACGUUUGUCAUUCAAGUGUCGUGAAUGUGGCAAAGUGUUUGGUUUGAUCAGUGUUUACAAACGGCAUCAACGUUAUCACAGAAUCGAAUCAAAUCGUCAUCUGCACAAAUGUACACAGUGUCGAUGCCGUUUUUCACAACUGUCUGCCUUGGAACGUCACUUAAAAACACAUGAAAAUCCCCCUUCAGAGGAUGAGAAAGACGAACUUCCAACUGUAGAUAAGAGUAAAGGUGCCAAUGGUGACUCUGAGGACAGUGAUGAAGGUGAAUCGGCUGUGAAACCGGAGUUGUUGUAUGAAUGCACAGUGUGUGGCAACUCGUAUGCUUCCAUGAAAACUUUCUUGAAGCAUCAGAUGGAGCAUUAACUCUUGGUGGGAGUUGUUUUACAUGUGUGUUGGGCGGCUUUCUGUUAACUGCCUAAAACUGAACAAAGCUCCAGAUUUAGCGUUUCAUUUUUUUAUUUUUCAAGGCAGGAAUGGUUGUUCAGAAAUUCUUCAUUCAACCAAACAAAGGACUUGUGUUUGUAAGUGGACUAUCAGAACUAUUGCUUUUAUACUUUUACAUUUUUUAAUGUUUUUCCUAGUAGUUGUAGUAGUAGUAGUUAGGGCUGUAACGAUAUUGUAUCGAACCGAGAAAUCGUGAUACACAGAGUCAUGAUACUGUAUCGUGAUACAAGGAGGCAGUAUCGUGAUACGCCCUUUGAAAGUUUUAUUACCCAUUAGUCCAGAAAACAACCUUAUUAUUUGAUGUGAUAGUGUUUCCAAACUUCAGUGGAGAUACAUUUCAGACAUCGUAGGGUGUAUCGAACCGUAGCUCAAAAAUCGUGAUACGAAACGAAUUGUGAGUUGAGUGUAUCGUUACAGCCCUAGUAGUAGUAGUAGUGGUAGUAGUAGUAGUGUCACAGAUCAUUUAAUUUAAUACAGAGCCAAAGCCAUACGAUCUCUCAGAAGUGAGCAGUUUUUUGCUUUUCUUUUCCAUCAUGCUCUUGCAUUUUCAAGGUUUGUUGAUCAUUGUGCAUUCGAAAACAUGUAAACUUCGUCUUUGACAUAACAUUUUUUCUACAGUACAUGAAUACAGUUCAAAUAGUUUUCUUAA